AUGGAUUCCAUUAAUGAGAAAACUCCCUUAAUUCCAACCACAGAGGAUGUCAGCCGAAAAAGCAGAACGAGGAGAGUGCACUACUGCUUGUGUUUCAUCACGAUUCUUCACUACGUCACCACGAUAAUCGGAAGUUUAGUGAUGUCGGAAUACACUUUCCAGUAUAUCAGUGACCAAGAAGGAGAAUCAAGCCAGUUGAAUUCCCGUCACGCGAGUUCCGGUGAGAAUUGUUCUUCCCACCAAAAUGAGGCUCAACAUAAGUCUGCUCAAUGGAACGCAUACUAUGAGUAUGUUGAAUACGUUCCCGCACUUCUUGUCGUUAUUUUCGGAGGAGUCAUGUCGGACUACUAUGGAAGAAAACUGUUCAUUGUACUUCCCGUCUUCGGAACCUUUCUCCAAUAUUUUGCCACCCUCGUUGUUUUACAAUACAAUCUCCACAUUAAAUAUUUCUUUGUCGGCUGCGUGAUAGCCGGAAUCACAGGGACACAUUACACAUUAAAUGUGGCGCUCUGUGGUACCAUUGCAGACGUUUCGAAUUAUGACAAUUCUAGGACGUUUAAGAUAGCGUUGUUACAUCUUUAUGCAGGACUUGGAUCAGUAGUGUCACAAUUGUCUACAGGGUACAUGAUAAAGUACCUUGGUUUUACCAUGCCUUGUUUAGUGGCAGUAGCAUUUGCUUUUCUUAAUCUUCUAGUGGGACUUUACAUACCCGAAACCUUAGAAAAAUCUAAGCAAAAACCCAGUAAGGAUAGUUUUUAUCAAAAGCUUGGCCGAUUUUUCGCUUUUUACACCAGUUCUUCGAAUCUCCGAGACGGCAAGGUUUGGCAAUUCGUGCUGUGUCUGCUUGCCUUAUUUGUCAUCAUCUCCCCCUAUACAACGAAAUCAAGUAUGGAUAUAUUGUAUUUUCUGGGUCAGCCAUUCUGUUUUACAUCGGAAGAAAUUGGCUGGUAUAAUUCCUUGAACGGCUUAACUAUUAUUGUGUCCGUCUUUCUUUUGAAAUUGCUCCACUUUUGCUUAAAUGACGAAAUAAUUGCUAUUCUAAGUUGUCUCUCUGGAAUUGCUUGCUUCUGCGUGGAAGGUUUGGCUUCUGGUUGGUGGAUGCUAGGCGUUGCCAUCGGAUGUGGAAUGAUCGCCCUUAAUUCGCUUCCUGUCAUCAAAGGCAUCAUGUCCCGAUUGGUCAAUGAAACGGAACAAGGUGCCCUUUUCGCUAAUGUAUAUGUUUUGGAGACACUCUGUCGUUUGUUUGGAUCCACUAUUUUCUUCAAUAUAUACGCUGAAACCCAGUACUUUAUGAGAGGGUUUGUGUAUUUUGUAUAUGCCGGAUUUAUUGCUAUGGGAGGAAUUUCAAUGAUGCCAAACAGAGUGGUUCCCAGUAACAUCAGGACCGAAACAGGGAUGUCUAUUGUCUCCUCUGCUCUUUUAGUGGCCAUAGACUGGGUCAUCGAGGGAAUUCACCAGAGAUCAGAAUAA